AUGAUCAUUUUAUUAUACAUUUCGCUAUGCUUAUUUUUAGCAGGUUAGUUUUUUUUUGAGAUUUUUUGGUACAAUUCUAAAAAUUAGACUUUUUCAAAAAACUUUUUAGGGCCUGGCCUGAUUCAAACAAGGCUCGUUAAAAAAGCUCACAAAAAAAGUGCCUGAUCCAUUUUUUUUUCCAGAUUCGGUCCGAAGUUCAUUGCCAAAUGGAGGAGAUUGUAUUGAGCCAUGUAUAGCAGAAAUGCAACAGGUUUGACCAAAAAUAAAUGGAGCUUCACAUGUUUCUUGUUUUUUUGUCACUCACUCACUCACUCACUCACAAAGUUCACCAGUGUUCGCACAAAUUUCAUUUUCAAAUCACAAAAAUCUGUUUCACCUCCCAAAAAACUGUUGCUUUUUUCGUUUUUCUUGUGUGUCUUUUUAUGUGUUGUGCCACUUGUUUCAGUCACUCGAAUCAACUCCUCUGCUACAGAGCGAACAAAUGGGACAAUUGUCGAUUAAUACGUUGGUGUCGUCGUCGAAUCGAGAGGUUACCGAGAAGAGUUUUCAUGAUAUUUGCCAGUGAGUUUUUGGGAUUUUUUGGAAGAGGCAGGAAAAUUGGUGGGAGAAUUUUAGAAGAAACAAAGUUUCCUGAGCCGAUUUAUAGAUUUCUAAAGUUUGGGAAAUCGGCUAGGAUUCAGAAUUUUUUUUUAGUUUUAUAAAUUUAACUUUCCUAGGUCCGAAAAAUCAAUUUGGAAUUUUUUGAAAAAAAAUUUGACAAAAGUCCAUUCUGAUCUCACAAUCCCCUUCCAUAAAUCAAACAUCAUUUGACCUAAAUUCCACAUUUUUUUUUCAAGUGCCUUAAUAAAAAACUCAAGUCCUAAAGAGCACGCUAUCUACAUACAUCUACAUAUGUUUUUUGUUGAAGUGAAAAGAAACUUUUGUUAUAGGGCCUACACACGUGUCGAUUUAUGUCUUCAUUCAUGCGAAAAGGUCUCAAAACAUUCGGCGAGUAUACGGAAAACCUAUGCUGGCAUACGUUUCAUUUGUGUUGAGCACAGAGAUGGUGAGAAAAUGAGAAGAAUUGGGAAUAUUGUGAAAUUUGAGCAUUUUGGGAACCGAACAUUUGAAGGAGGGUGGCUAUUUGGGGGGAGGGAAAGAACGUUGCGAGUUGGGCUAACUUUUUUCUAACUUGCUGAUUGUGAGGAACUGAAUUAAGUACGAGAAUUGAAUUUGAAAAAUUAUUGUCUGCAAACACUGUCACGCAAUUUUGCGUAUUCUAAAAUUAGGCUAAUGAAGAAAUCGAAAUAUGAAAUUUAAAAUCUUACUGUAAGUACGCGAAAAUGCGUUUCGGUGUCUGCACACAUCGUGUGGCUUGGAGGCAAUUAAAUUUUUUUUAAAUAUGUAUUUAAGAUUUUUUUCAUUUGGCAAUUUUUACUAUUAACUUCAAGAAGUCAUUGGUCACAUCAAAUGUAAUGAGAUUUUAAAAAAUAUCCUGUUUUCAUUCCGCUCUCAUAAAUAAAUUUCCCAACUUCCGCACAAUGAAAUUUUUCUUACGAUUUCUUCUUCCAGCUUCUCCUUUUUCGCUCUAUUUAUGGCUGUCACGAUUUAUUAGCACUUUUUGCUCUGCUCUUUAGAUACAAAAAAAAUGUGUGUGGGGGGAAUGAAUUCAGAUGGGAAUUGACAAAGAGGUGACUAAUUGUCGUUGAGCACUAGCAUACUACCAACUAACCAAAAUAUCAUAAAUCUCUUGAGGUGACAUAAAAAAUACGAGAAUGGAGUCAGAGAGAGAGAGAGAUAAAGAAGAGAGAGAGAGAGGGGGGGGGGGGUAUAAUAAAAAUGGGUCAUGAAAUUUUUCCUCUUCUGGGGGCCUAAUGGUUCUGAAACCAAAAAUCAUCACGUGGCAAUUUUUGGCGCCAACAAAUAAGUUUUGAAAUUAUAAAUUAAAAAUUUUACGAAAAAAAUAUUUUUCAAAAUUUUCAAUUUUUGUGCAGUCAAAACUUUUGGAAAGUUUUCAAAUUUUAACAAGUUAUUUUUCUAGAAUUCUUCCGUUCACUUCCAUGCUUAGCCGAGUAAGUUAUCCAAUAUUCUCCCACACAAAUUAGCCAAUCUUUUCUAGGCACGAAAAGAUUGCACUUCAACAAUGCCGUCCUCAAAUCAAUGACUCAUUAACCGCCUCAAAUAAGUGAGAACAGAUGGAAAUAAUUUUUCAAAACCCCUUAUGUUUUUUAGAUUCUCAAUGACAGUUUUGCGAAAAGAUUCGCACAAUCUACGUCCACAAUUCGAGGUUUUAUGCAAUAAAUUGGGAACAAUGAUAGAUUGUGUGGAGCCAGUGACUCGUGCCGGAUGUGGAGAGCAAGCGGCGAAAAUGAUGCUACGAUUUAUAACUGUUGGAUUUGCAAGGUUAGGUUUGGUAGAUCAAACGGGGAAACGCAAGUGUAUACCGCAAGCUUCCGCGAAGCGGUUGGAACUACAGUAAUUCUGGUUUUUUCUACUGAGCUGUAGAUCGUGAUACACCGGGUCUAAAACUUUUUAGGGUCUUGUGCCGAAUCAGAUCAACAUUCUAUUCAUUUUAUUUUUCUCAAUCUUUCCGAAAAUCUAUUUAGAUGCCGAAUUCUUAUUGUUAGCCUUGAAUGAAUGCGGGAAAUUCUAUUCAGUUUUUGAACUCGAAAACGCAAAAUAUAAUAUUCUGAAGAGAGACUUCAAAAUAAAUCUAUUUUGCAGCUUCGAACAACUUUAUUCUCAACUUGGAAUAUCAGAUCAGCUGCCAAAUGCUUGUAAAUCUCUUCUAAGUCUUCAACGUCGAAGUACACUUCCAACAAAUUCGAAUAUUUUGAAAUGGAAUUCAGAAUACAGUGUUUUCAGUAGCACUGCCUCCAAUUUCAAAUUACAUUUACAUUUUGCGAUUCUUCUCAUUUUCAAAUAUUUUUAUUAG